GACCCCGGGGUGACCAGGUUGGGGGCUACUACCUCCAGCGAGCGCGGAGGUCGCGCUCCUGUUUCGCGCUCCCAGCAUCCGCCGCCAUGGCCUGGACCAAGUACCAGCUGUUCGUGACCGGGCUCAUGCUCGUCACCGGCUCCAUCAACACGCUCUCGGCAAAGUGGGCGGACAACUUCGUGGCCCCAGGCUGCGGAGGGAGCCAGGAGCACAGCUUCCAGCAUCCCUUCCUCCAGGCAGUGGGCAUGUUCUUGGGGGAGUGCUUCUGCCUGGCUGCCUUCUACCUACUCCGGUGCAGAGCUGCAGGGCACCCAGACACCAGCAUGGAUCCCCAGCAGCCCUUCAACCCCCUUCUUUUCCUGCCCCCAGCCCUCUGCGACAUGACCGGGACCAGCAUCAUGUAUGUGGCCCUGAACAUGACCAGUGCUUCCAGCUUCCAGAUGCUGCGGGGAGCAGUGAUCAUAUUCACAGGCCUGUUCUCGGUGACCUUCCUGGGACGGAGGCUGGCACUGAGCCAGUGGCUGGGUAUCCUCGCAACCAUCGCAGGGCUGGUGGUCGUGGGCCUGGCUGACCUCCUGAGCAGGCACGACAGUCAGCACAAGCUCAGCGAAGUGAUCACAGGGGACCUGCUGAUCAUCAUGGCCCAGAUCAUCAUCUCCAUCCAGAUGGUGCUGGAGGAGAAGUUUGUCUACAAGCACAGCGUGCACCCACUGCGGGCAGUCGGCACUGAGGGCCUCUUUGGCUUCAUGAUCCUCUUCCUGCUGCUGGUGCCCAUGUACUACAUCCCCGCCGGUUCCUUCAGUGGAAACCCUCGCGGGACGCUGGAGGACGCGCUGGACGCCUUCUGCCAGGUGGGCCGACAGCCACUCAUCGCGCUGGCGCUGCUGGGCAACAUCAGCAGCAUCGCCUUCUUCAACUUUGCAGGCAUCAGUGUCACCAAGGAACUGAGCGCCACCACCCGAAUGGUGCUGGACAGCCUGCGUACCAUUGUCAUCUGGGCACUGAGCCUGACGCUGGGCUGGGAGGCCUUCCACCCGCUGCAGAUCCUUGGCUUCCUCAUCCUCCUGACGGGCACAGCCCUCUACAAUGGGCUGCACCGCCUGCUACUGAGCCGCCUGUCCAGGGGCCGGCCCCCAGCAGAGGAGGGCGAGCAUGAGAGACUGCUGGGGGGCCCUCGGACUGCCAUCAACGAUGCCAGCUGAGCCUCCUGCUCUGCUGCCAGCUGGACGCUCCUUGUUCUCCCCGAGGCUGAGGCCACGUGGGCUGGUGAACCUCAAGUGCCCUGCCCCCUCCCCACAGAGCCCCACCCCCCCCACCCAGGGCAGCUGCUGCCACAGAAGAUGACACAACACCCAGGUCCUCCUUUGUCACCGCCCCAUUCAGGCCUGAGUGCAGUGCCCGACCCCCAGCAGGCUUCCCCAGCCCCUCCUGCAACACUAGAGCUAAAUCAUGGAGUAGAAUUGCAGGAACCAACAGCCCUAGGGUUUCCUCCUAAAUCAUAGGCUAAAUAUGGUUCUCCCAAGAAGAGAGGUCACUGAGCAAAUUCUAAUAGAACUAAGCACCACAGUUUCUAAAACUUGUAAGAUACUCCCUAACCCUGUCUGGGAAUGGAGGUUUCAGCCAGGGCCUUGCCGCAAACUCAGUGUGUGCUCCCCAGCCCUGUACCUGGUCACUCCGGGCCUUGGCGUCCUGCUCUGCAGAAGGUGUCCACGGUGUGGCUUCCGUGCCUUUGGGCCCAACUGGGCCCAUUCUGCAGGCCUGUGGUUUUGACCAACCUGGGGAAGGAGUGACAGCCCAUUUAUUGAAGAUGCCCCCUGCCCACGGCGCUCCUCCCCACGCCUGCUCUGGCGUCCUUGCUCACACCGUGAAGUCCUCCCCACCUGGGAGAAGUUACAGGGGGAUUUCAGGGCAGCCCUGGAUAAUAGCUUUUAUGAACUCUUCACCUUCCAUUUUAAAGAUGAGCAAACUUGAGUCCCAGAGUUAUAAGUUGUUUGGCAAAAGGGCUCUCCUGCCGCGGGCUCUGGCCGUGCAGCCACACGACCAGGCAGUCGGCUGGGUUGUAGACCAUGUCUGGGGUUCUGCCUCACCCCCAGCAACCCGACAGACACCAUGGAGAACCCUCCAAGGUGAUGGGUUUACCGGGAGUCUACCGUUGAGAGUGAUGCUGGUAUCCCAGGCGUUAAGUGCUUAGCUUUCAUUCUCUUGCUAACAGCCUGCACAGGUGGAUGCAGGUGAGAAAAGUGUGGCCCAGAGAAGGUCAAGUGACUUCCUCUUGGAGCCGGUAUUUCAAGCUGGGUUUGCCUGAUUCCAAACCUGUGGGCCCACUUACCAUAAGAGUCUCUGAGAUCUUUGGGGGUACUUCCUGUGGCUGGGAGAGAGGCAUCCUGUGCGUUAUCCUCCCAGUAACCCCACCCUGAAGAGAGGGGGCUGGCAGCAGGGACCCCAGGUUGCUGAGCGGCCCUUUAUUCCAGUGGUCCUCACUCUGUGGCAGAUCACUUUCCUGGGCAGCUCAAUCGUGAAACAAAUACCGAAUGCCUUCCUUAAAAGAUCCUUGGAGAAGGGAUCUCUGACAAGCAAAGCCCUCGGGCUGUGGGAAUCCAGCAGGUUCUUACCGUCGGGAGAGAAAGGCCUCUCCAUCCCACCAGCUCCGAGUCUCGGGGGGCCCUGACCUCCUCUGGGCCGCGGUGUGUGUCACAGGAAGAAGGAAAUGGAGAUCGGGGGUGGUGGGUCCAAAAAACUGGGGCCUUACAGUGUUGUUUCAGGCUUUUUAUUUUUAAAAAGAAGAGGGGAGUUGGCAGUGUGGACUUUUUUAAUAAGAGGGAAGGAGCACAAGGGUUAGGACAUUCCUGGAGGUAACGUCUAGAACGUUGGAUGGAAAAGCUGUAAAGUACCAAAGCAUAGAAAUCACAUGUGGAUUUUAGCAUUGAAGGGUUGGGGGGGAUUAUAAUGGGACUUCAGUGGUGAGAGGUGGCAGAGGAUGGGGAGGGCACUUAUGGUCAGGCCUGCCACCCACUCAGGCAACUUGCUUCAUCUCCUGGAGCUUUGGGUCUUCACAUCUCUAAAAUGGGGAAGCCUGCAUCUCACAGGAUGGCUGUGAGUAUUACCUAGGAUAUAAAUGGAAGGUGGCUGUAAAUGCCAACGUACAGUGGAGCGUCCUGUAAGGCGGCACUGCCCACUAGGGUGGUCUGUCAGGCACUGAAGUCCCAGCAGAGCCAUGGUGUGGAGCAUCGGUUUUGCUCGGAGGGGGAGAAAUGUUUUGUUAGAACAUACCAUUGUGGAGUAGAGUGUAAACUUCGCAUCGAUUAUAAGAUAAAACAGGAUGCCUCAUAAAAUUUUUAUGUUGACCCUAA